AUGCGCUACCUGGGGGGCUUCACGCUGCUUCUGUGCUAUUCUUGCCCCACUCUCGCGUUCGACGUCCUUCGUGACUACUCCGGACAGAACUUCUUCAAUGGUUGGGACUUCUAUGGUUACUGGGACAAUCUCACACUUGCUCCCACAGGCGAUGUUUGGUGGCUGAACCAGUCGGCAGCCACGGCACAGAAUUUGGCGUACAUCAACUCUGCCGGGAAUGCUAUCAUCAAAGUUGAUAACACGACAAACGUGACGCAGAACGACAAGCGCAACUCAGUCCGUAUCACGACUCAUGACCUUUACGACUAUGGCAGUCUCUGGAUCAUCGAUGCGCUACACAUUCCCUACGGGUGCUCUGUCUGGCCUGCAUUCUGGUCGAAGGGCCCUCUCUGGCCGAACGAUGGCGAAAUAGACAUCAUCGAGAGCAUCAACUUGAACCCGAACAACCAAAUGGCGUUGCACACCACUGCAGGCUGCUUGAAAGACGGUUCUGCAGCGCAAACUGGGCGUAACGCUGGUCUCGACUGUGGCACCGGCUCGGGGUGCGUGGUGGUCGAGAAUCAGCCGAACAGCUAUGAAAGCGGCUUUGCAGCCGCUGGUGGCGGUGUUUGGGCGACACAGUUCGAUGUGACCGGUAUAUAUAUCUGGUUCUGGAGCAGGGCGAAUAUCCCAGCGUCCAUCUCACAGUCGACUUCGACGUCAUCGAUCGACAUCUCUGACUUUGGCACGCCCUCGGCGUCGUAUCCUGUGAAUCCACAAUGCAACCUGACGGAGUUCUUCACAUCGCAGCAGCUCGUUAUCGAUAUCACGCUCUGCGGAGACUGGGCCGGUGUGCCUGCAAUCUACGGUCCCCAGUGCGGCUCUAUGGGCCCGACCGGCGACUGCUAUAUGGACAACGUGGUUGGGCCGGGUAGUCCAAAGUACGACAACGCCUACUUCGAGGUCAGAUAUGUGCGCACGUAUACCACCACUGUCGCGGGCGGAGGCAGCUCUGCGCAGCCGACUACGACGGUCUCUGGAUCGCGCACGAUCGCUUCCGCUUCCACCACGCCAAACCCUACGGCAAGCUCUGACGGAAAAAAUGGUUCCACGACGCUCAACAACACCUCUGCAGCAGCUCGCAGUGUUGUUUUGUAUUGGGUGUUUUACUUCGCUAUGUCAUGUCUCUCCGCCGGGCUUUUAGUUUGA